AUGGUCUCCAACAACAUGAUCAAAGAUGUGGGAGUGCCUCUCAAGUCAAGUGGAUCAGGUACAUGUCGAGGAUGUCAGCAAGGGAAAAUGGUCCAAAACCCAUUCCCAAGCAAUCGUGACAAGCGAAGUUACGACACGUUUGAGCUACUUCAUCUGGACAUCUGCGGGCCCAUGGAAAAGGAUUCGCUCGGUGGCAGCAAAUAUUUGCUGCUGAUCAUCGACGAAGCCAGUGGAUGCAUGAAGGGCUUUUGUCUACGAGUGAAGUCCGAGAGUGAAGACUACAUCCGGAAAUAUAUCACCAUGGUACAGACGCAAUUCUGUAAGAAGGUCAAGUUCGUGCGACACGACGGAGCUCGCGAGUUUGCAACCAACUCGCUUCAACUGUUCUACGAAGACGAAGGCAUUGAACAGCAGACAACGGUGCCGUAUGCACAUCAAACAAACGGAACAGCAGAGCGUGCCAUUAGGACUAUUGUCACGAUCGGCCGCAGCAUGCUUCAUCAUGCCAAACUGGACAAGUGUUUCUGGGCCGAAGCAGCGAUGACGGCCAUCUACGUCAAGAAUCGACUGCCGUCACCUAAAGUCGUGCACAAGACCCCGUUUGAGAUCGUCUACAACUUGAAACCAAGCGUCAAGCACAUGCGAACAUUCGGGUGUCAGACAUACAUACUGACGCCUAAAGAGAAUCGACUCAAGUGGGAUCCAAAGGCUCACGCUGGCAUAUUCGUGGGCUACGAAGAAGUUUCGAAGGCAUAUCGUGUUUAUGACAUCGAGGCGGGGCAGGUGGUUAUCAGCCGCGAUGUCAACUUCGACGAGUCCACCUUUGGACUUCAACUGCCGAUCACUGAUGAAGAUGUCGAUGACCUGGACUUCGAAUUGCUGGAUCUUGAUGACGAAGAGCUGCGUCAAAUGGAGUACAAGCAAACAGGCAAGCGCAAGAACCGACUCAAUGAUGAAGAUACAGCAGCUCCACGACCGCGUGCAGUGCGUCAACGACCAGGACUAGAAGAGUCAAGCGCGCCGGAAAACAACUCGUCACGACAAGAAGAAGACGAAGAAACGAAGGAUUCUGGUGAUUCAACACCGCCUGUGUUUUGGCGUGCGAGUGCAAAUGCCGUUGAAGCAGCAGUGGACUUAUCAGAACCCUCAACAUUUGAAGCAGCAGUAAGCGGCCCUGACCAAGUGCACUGGAGAAAAGCAAUUCAUGCAGAGCUCGAGUCAAUGCGACUUCGCGGUGUGUUUCGUGCAGCCAAGCUGCCCAACGGACAACGCGCCAUUGGCACAAAAUGGGUGUUCAAGAUCAAGCGUAAAGCGGAUGGAUCCAUCGAGAAGUACAAGGCACGUCUCGUGGCCAAGGGUUUUCGCCAAAAGUAUGGCAUCGACUACACGGAGACGUUUUCGCCCGUGGUCAAGUAUGUGACGCUGCGAAUGGUCAUCGCCAUUACCAAGCACUUUGGAUGGCCCAUCGACCAGCUUGAUGUGGUGACAGCUUUCCUGUAUGGCGUCAUGAAGGAACAAGUGUUCUGCGUGAUUCCUGAAGGCGUCGAACUUGACAGUACGUUCGACUGCCUGGAAUUGGUGAAGUCAAUUUACGGCCUCAAGCAAGCGUCGCGAGUGUGGAACGAGACGUUCGACGAGUAUGUGUGCUCCAUCGGAUUUCAAGUAUCGGACUUCGACCCAUGUCUCUACAUCAAGACUUCGGACGGCCAUUGCGUGUUUAUACUGGUCUAUGUGGAUGACGUGUUGGUGACAGGAAGCUCACCCAAGUUGAUUGCACACACCAAGGAAGACCUGAAGACGCGGUUCGAAAUGACGGACAGCGGCAAGUGUGCGUUUGUUCUUGGGAUCGAGCUUUUGGACGGUGAAGAUGGCAGUGUGACACUAUGUCAGCGUCGGUAUGUCGAUGAUAUCCUCAAGCGAUUUAGCAUGAGUGAUUGCAAGACUGUGUCAAGUCCAGUGGAUAUGAGCUCUCGACUUGUUUCAAGCGAUGCAGCUACCAAGGUCGAUGCUCCUUUUCGCGAAGCUGUUGGUGCGUUGAUGCACCUGACCACUGCAACGCGUCCGGACAUUGCGUUUGCUGUGGGCUAUGUGUCGCGGUUCAUGGAAAAUCCCCAAGAAGAACACUGGGUUGCAGUUAAGCGUAUCUUUCGCUACCUACAAGGCACCAAGACGCAUGGAAUUUGCUACAAGCCAAGUGCAAGGAUCGACUUCCGUGGAUAUUCGGAUGCGGAUUGGGCUGGUGAUCUUACCGACCGCAAGUCAACAUCGGGGUACACGUUCAUGCUACUCGGUGCGCCAGUCAGUUGGGGCAGCAAGAAGCAGCCAAGUGUUUCGUUGUCCACGAGUGAAGCCGAAUACAUCGCACUCAGCUUGGCGAUUCAAGAGGGCAAGUGGAUUCAUCGUCUGCUUUGUGAGAUCGUGAUGGCUGCCAAUGAAGAAGGACCGGAACUCAUGAUCCAUGAAGACAAUCAGUCGUGUAUCAAGAUGACGAAGAACCCAGUCAACCACGGCCGUGCCAAGCACAUUGAUAUCAAGUACCAUCACAUCCGUGAUGAGGUCAAGCGCGGUGAAGUGAAGCUCAAGUACUGUGAAACUGCGGUGAUGUUAGCGGACAUCAUGACGAAGGGACUUCACGGGCCACGCCACAAGGAGAUGACGACGACUCUCGGGAUUCGUGAGCAUUCGGAUUGA